AACACAUUACCCAAAACCAGAAAGGAAAAGAAAAACCCUACUUAAUUCUUGGGGAUAGCCAAGCUAUUACCCUCCUCUCCUCAUCGUCCUCGCUCUUCCACCUGCGCCGAGAACAACCCGCCGGCACCUGGCUGAUACCGAUUCCAGUUUCCAAACCUCUCACUGCUGCUGCUGGCCGUCGCCGUUGGACAGGGCUUUCUUCAUCUAAUAGGAACAAACGCUUCUUUACGCCAUGGAAGGGAUUGAGAUGGAAGUCCCUGUGCGGUCGUUAGACUCGCCAGCUGACGAAUUCUGUGAGUCUAUCCUCUCUCAUUUCUCCAAUUCCACACAGGAAGAACACCAACACCUCUGUGCAGCUAUAGGCGCCAUGGCUCAGGAGCUCAAAGACCAGAACAUCACUCUCACCCCUCUUGCCUAUUUCGGUGCCACGCUAUCCUCACUAGACCGCCUCCUCUCUACCACUGAUGCUUCUCAUAAUGUCAUCCAAUCUCUCACCACCAUCCUCUCCAUUGUCCUUCCUCGGAUUCCAGUUGCCGUUUUGAAGAAGAGGGGGAAUUUUGUGUCGAAGACGGUUGUCGGAGUUCUGAGGUUGACAUCUGUAACGGAAGAUGGGGUGCUGUCAGGAUUAAAAUGCCUGUCGCAUUUGUUGACGACCGGAGACAAAGCCAAUUGGUCCAAUCUGGGGCAAUUGUACGGCGUUCUUAUGGGAUAUGUGACUGAUUCCCGUUCAAAGGUACGUAGGCAAGCACAUUUGUGUCUUCGUGAUGUCCUACAAAGUUUCCAAGAAACAUCAGUGCUGGCGCCUGCAAGUGAAGGGAUCACAAACGUUUUUGAGAGGUUUCUACUGCUUGCCGGUGGCUCCAAGGCAGAUUCCAGUGAAGGGCCAAAAGGAGCUCAUGAGGUUCUCUAUGUUUUAGAUGCUCUUAAGGAGUGUCUCUCUCUAAUGUCCAUGAAGUACAUGACUACUAUCCUGAAAUACUACAAAAAUCUUAUGGAACUUCGCCAACCUCUUGUUGACAAACGCAUUACUGAUAGUCUCUAUGUAGUUUGUUCCCACCCAACUAAAGAGGUUUCAGCUGAUGCAAUGCUUGAAUUGUUAUGUUCAGUGGCUCUUUCUGUCUCCACAGAGGAAAAGUCUGCAGUUUCCUUAACUUUCAAUGCUCGUUUGUUGAGUGUGGGGAUGAUAAAAAUAUAUUCUCUCAAUAGGCAAAUAUGUGUCAUUAAACUUCCCAUUAUAUUCAAUGCACUCAAAGAAAUUUUGGCAUCAGAACAUGAGGAGGCUAUUUAUGCAGCAAUGGAGGCAUUCAAGAACCUGAUAAAUGCAUGUGUUGAUGAGACCUUGAUCAAACAAGGGGUGGAUCAGAUUAUAAAUACAAAUGUGGAUGCUAGAAAGUCUGGACCAACUAUCAUUGAGAAAUUAUGUGUGACUAUUGAGAGUUUACUUGAUUAUCACUACAGUGCAGUUUGGGAUGUGGCAUUUAAGGUUAUUUCAUCCAUGUUUGAGAAGUUAGGGUAUUAUUCUUCAUAUUUUAUGAAGGGAACUUUAAAGAAUUUGGUAGACAUGCAAGAUUUGCCAGAUGAGGAUUUCCCUUACAGAAAACAGCUACAUGAAUGUGUUGGGUCUGCACUAGGUGCAAUGGGUCCAGAGACAUUUUUAGGACUUUUACCUCUGAACCUAGAGGCUACUGACCCUUCAAAGGUAAACGUUUGGCUGUUUCCCAUUCUGAAGCAGUACAUUGUUGGUGCCCAUUUGAGCUUCUUUACCAAAACUUUAUUGGGCAUGGUUGGGAAGAUGAGGCAGAGAUCACAGCAGCUUCAAGUAGAAGGAAGGGUUUUUUCAUCAAGGAGUAUGGAUGCUCUUGUAUACUCUCUCUGGUCCUUGUUGCCUUCAUUUUGCAAUUACCCUGUAGAUACUGCUGAAAGUUUUAAAGAUCUGCAGAAUGCUUUAAUCAGUGUGCUUCGUGAAGGACAUGAUAUUCGUGGAAUAAUAUGCUCUAGUUUGCAGAUUUUGAUUCAACAAAAUAAAAAAGUUAAGGAAGGAAAUAAUGAUUUAUCCACUAUUGAUAUAUGUCCUGCCACAGAGCGAGCCAUUUCCCGCUACUCCCCAGUGGUUGCUGAAAAUAAUUUGAAUGUGCUUGCUGCAUCUGCUCCUGAGAUGCUAUCAGUUUUGUCACAAAUCUUCAUGGAAUCUACAAUAGAUGAGGGUGGUGCUUUACAGUCCACAAUUUGGGAAUUUGCUUCCAUAGCACAUAAGAAUGUUAUCAGAACCAUAUUCAAGAAGACAAUGCAGAGGCUUUUGAAAGUCACACAAGUGGUUAAUAAAGCAGAGAAUUCAACAAAUGGAACCUCACCAUCCAUCGAAAGGGCACAUCUAUUUGACCUUGCAGUUGCUCUGUUGCCUGGUUUGGAUGAGCAAGCAUUAGAUACCUUAUUCAGUGCAAUAAAGCCUGCAUUGAAGGAUACUGAAGGCAUAGUUCAGAAGAAGGCUUAUAAAGUUCUUUCAAGAAUCCUAAGGGACUGUGAUGAGAACCUUUCAUCAAAGCUUGAAGAAUUACUUAGACUUAUGAUUGAAGUGCUACCAUUGUGCCAUUUUUCUGCCAAACGCCACAGACUUGAUUGUUUGUACUAUUUGAUAGCUUAUAUCUCCAAGGAUGAGUCGGUGAAUGGGAGGCAUGACAUUCUUGGCUCUUUCCUAACAGAGAUCAUACUAGCUCUGAAAGAGGCUAAUAAGAAAACAAGAAAUAGAGCUUAUGAGGUUCUUGUUCAAAUUGGCCAUGCAUGUGGAGAUGAAGAAACUGGUGGUAAAAGAGAAAACUUGUAUCAAAUUUUUAACAUGGUCGCUGGAGGUAUGGUUGGAGAAACUCCUCACAUGAUUAGUGCUGCAGUAAAAGGCUUGGCUCGGUUAGCAUAUGAGUUUUCAGAUCUUGUUUCUGCCACUUAUAAGUUGCUUCCUUCCACGUUUCUCCUCAUCCAGCGAAAGAACAAAGAAAUUAUAAAAGCAAAUUUGGGUUUAUUAAAAGUAUUGGUGGCAAAGUCACAGGCUGAAGGGUUGGGAGCACACCUGGGAAUGUUGGUGCAAGGCUUGUUAAGUUGGCAGGAUGAUACUAAAAACCAUUUUAAAUCCAAGGUGAAGCUUCUUCUGGAAAUGCUGGUCAAGAAAUGUGGUCUUGAUGCUGUCAAAGCUGUGAUGCCUGAAGAACAUAUGAAACUUCUUAUUAACAUACGAAAGAUCAAGGAGCGGAGAGAGAGGAAACUUUCAGCAAAUUCUGUGGAAAGUAAAUCUCAGCUUUCAAAAGCAACUACUUCAAGGCUUAGUAGAUGGAAUCAUACAAAAAUAUUUUCUGAUUUUGAUGGUGAGGGAACGGAGGAUAGUGGCAGAGAAUACGUGGAUGCUGAUGCUACAAUUUCUAGCAGAAGGAGCAGGGGUUCAACACAGCUGAAAUCUGAAGCUUCACUGUUCCGUUCCAAGAAAAUGCGUAGAGCUGAUAGGAGCUUGCCUGAGGACUUGUAUGACCAGUUAGAAGACGAGCCAUUGGACUUGCUAGAUCGGCAUAAAACAAGGGCAGCCCUUCAAUCAUCUUCACGUCUCAAGCGGAAGCAUGAUUCAGAUGAUGAGCCUGAGUUUGACUCUGAAGGACGCUUGAUAAUUCAUGAGGGAGGGAAACCAAAGAAGGUUACACCUUCUGAUGAUCCUGAUUCAGACACAAAGAGUGAAGGACGGAGUCUCUUUUCUGUAGGCUCUUCAAAGAAGACCCAGAAGCGAAGAAAAGCAUCAGAGUCCGGGUGGGCUUAUACUGGAAGUGAGUAUGCUAGCAAGAAGGCAAGUGGGGAUGUGAAGAGGAAGGAUAAGCUUGAACCAUAUGCAUACUGGCCCCUUGAUCGCAAGAUGAUGAGUCGAAGGCCAGAACAUCGUGCAGCUGCAAGGAAAGGCAUGGCCAGCGUGGUAAGAUUAACGAAAAAGCUUGAAGGUAAGAGUGCCUCGAGUGCACUUUCAGUGAAACUCACAAAGUUUAAUAAGCCUCAGAAGAAAGGAAGCAAGAGGAAAAGCAAAACUGCCUAAACGUGUUCCAGUCUGCCAUCAUAGCUGAGAUCUUUUGCCUAGUUGAAAAUUUUUUGGACUAGACUUCAGGCUUGAAGGUGAUGUCUGAAAUUCAAUUUUCUUGUCAUCUUGGUUUUUUGUACAUAAUUUAAAACCUUAUGAUUGUUAAAAUCAUUGUAAGCUGUGAUUCAUCAAUUCUCACAAUUUCAAAAAAUAAGUUUUUUUUUUUCAA